AUGAGCAUCUACCAGAACGAUCCCAGCCUCGGCUGGGUCGUCCAGAAAUUCGGUGGCACCAGUGUUGGAAAGUUCCCAGACAAGAUUGCUCAUGAUAUUGUCCGCGCAAGUCUAUCCAAGAACCGAGUCGUCGUUGUUUGCUCCGCCCGGAGUACGGGUAAGAAGGCAGAAGGCACAACCAGCCGGCUUCUCGCUGUAUAUGAAAAGUUGAGAGCUGUCAGCAAAGCUUCAGCCACCGAUGACGAGCAGCAGGGCCUUAUUCAGCAGGCAAAUGGGCUCAUCCUUGAAAUCUGCAAUGAUCACAUCUUUGCUGCCGAGACAUUCGUCAGGGACGAAAAGCUGAGACAGGCUCUCGUCGAGCGCCUCAAGAAUGAGUGCCAGGAGAUCAUUGAGUACAUCGUCGCUGCCAAGCGGUUUAAUCUAGAGAUCAAUGCGAGAUCGAAAGAUCGCGUCAUCAGCUUUGGCGAGAAGCUGAGCUGUCUGUUCAUGACCACUCUGCUACAUAAUUUGGGCGUUGAGGCUGAAUACAUUGAUCUCAGUGAUGCUUUCCACUCAGGUGCGAAUACCCGUGUUGACCAGGCCUUCUUUGACAACGCUGGCACUGUGUUUGCCAAGAAGAUCGCCGCUUGCGAGAACCGAGUCCCUGUUGUCACUGGAUUCUUUGGAAACGUGCCCGGUAGUCUGAUGGAGGGUGACAUUGGCCGUGGUUACACUGAUCUGUGCGCUUCUCUCUGCGCUGUCGGCCUCGGAGCUCAGGAGCUUCAGAUCUGGAAGGAAGUGGACGGUAUCUUCACUGCAGACCCCAGCAAAGUGCCCACUGCAUGCCUUUUAUCUUCCAUUACACCGUCUGAGGCAGCAGAGUUGACCUUUUACGGUUCCGAGGUCAUCCACCACCUCACAAUGGACCAAGUCAUCCACGCAAAGCCUCCCAUUCCAAUCCGCAUCAAGAACGUUAACAACCCGAGAGGCAACGGCACCCUGGUUGUACCGAAGCCUCGUAGAGCAUCUGUAAACGGGAACGGGGUCGUGAACGGUGCAUCAUCGCCUGGAUCACCACGUUCCAGGAAACCUAGACGACCGACCGCAGUCACCAUCAAGGACCGCAUCAGCGUGCUGAAUAUCCACUCGAACAAGCGGUCUAUAUCUCACGGGUUCUUCGCCAAGGUGUUCUCCAUUCUAAACGACAACCGCAUUUCCGUGGAUCUCAUCUCCACGAGUGAGGUGUAUGUGUCGCUCGCCAUCCAUUCCGGUGGCCUAGACAGCGAUAAUCUGAAAAAGGCCCAGAAGCUCCUCGAGGAGAUUGGCGAGGUCACAAUCCACCCCAACAUGGCUAUUCUGAGUCUCGUCGGCGCAGAUAUGAAGCAGAUGACUGGUAUCGCCGGACGCAUGUUCUCCGUUCUGGGUGACCACCAGAUCAAUCUGGAGAUGAUCUCCCAAGGUGCUAGCGAGAUUAACAUUUCAUGCGUCGUCGAGGCCAGCGAAGCCACCAGAGCCAUGAACGUUCUUCACACCCACCUAUUUACAUUCCUAGAUUAA